AUGGAAGUCAUAACUGACCAAGGAAUACAGAUUCAAUCCCAAGAACCACAGAGAAACAUGCUCAAACAUGAUAUGGUCGCUAUUGACCGUACUCUAGACAACAAAAAUUUAGCCAGUUCGCUUCUCACGCCCCCUACUUCUAUUGCCACCAGCCCGUCCAAAUGUGAUCUGCUUAACGAGGAUAAUGAACUCAGCUUUCAGAACCAUGAAGCUCACCAUAUAAGUGACAGCAACGGGGUUCAUCACAAUAACUAUCCUGCACUCUUGGUAACUCCACAAGAUACUGCUUAUCCUGAAGUCUCCUAUAACAAUGGAAGCAUCAUAGAACAACCCACAGAUACGCUACCGUUUACAGGGACAAAACUUUGCUUAUCAGAGUUCAAUUUGAACCAAGAACGAAGGGAUACUCUCCUCCCAGUCACUAUGCCUAACUCUGGGAUACAAGCAUCCCAAGGUCCACUUACACCUCCUCCACCUCGAUGCAGAUUGCCAUUUGAAGAGCGAAAGCCUAAAAAGCGCAAGAGGACAACUGCUGCUCAGUUAGCUUAUCUUGAAUCGCACUUUGACUAUUGUGCAAAGCCUCCCAUGUGGGUCAGAGAGAGAAUUUCACAAAGCAUAGGAAUGACCGAGAAAGCUGUCAACAUAUGGUAUCAAAAUAGACGGCAAGCUUGUCGUCGGAAUCCUGAGAAACAGCUUGGAUCUGGUGAAUACCCACAAUCGACCUCUUUGGAUAUCGGUGGUAUCAGUGGAAUCGAGACGUUGGAUGCAAAUUACUUACCAAUGCCUCCAGUAUUGGGUCCAGGUAGGUAUAAUCAAACAAUGCCGUUGCAGCCAUGGGUUCAACCGAAUAUUUCUAAUUUUCCACUUCAGCAACCACUUCCACCUCCGCCACCUCCUCAGAAUCCAUUAUCAACUAAUCAGACUCAUGCCUAUUAUUGGCCCCACCCAGCUUAG